AUGGAUCAGCACAAGUAUCGCACGGCGGGCGUCCAGGAGAAGCUGGAGAUCAUUGGGGUGGAGGAUGAGGCUGGAAACCCCAUCAGCGCCCUGACCAUCCUGUCGCUGCUGGAGCGCGUGGCUGGCAUCAUCGACAACGUCCAGUCCUGCCAGCAGCGCAUGGAAGAACGUCAGCUGGAACUGGAGAACAACAUCAAGACCAUCCAGGGCGAUGUCCUGAAGCUGGCCAAGGACCACACCGACACCAGCGGCACGGUGGAAAAGCUCCUGCAGAAGACCCGCAAAGUCAGCGCCAAUGUCAAGGAGGUCCGGACGCGCGUUGAGAAGCAGAACGUACGGGUCAAGAAGGUUGAAUCCACACAGGAUGAGCUGCUCACCCGCAACAAGUUCCGCGUCGUCAUCUAUCAGGGUGAGACGGAGAUCCCAUCAGUGGCCGUCACCAAGUCUCCUAAAGGAACCGGCUUGGACGGACUGGAGAUUGAUCCAGACUCCUACGACAUCCCCGCCGACCUCUCCUCAGAUGAAGAGUACCUGAGCGUGGAGGAGACCGACUCCUCACGAGCCGCUCGCCUCAAGAAAUCGGUCGUGAAGAGCACGGAGACCCUGAAGGCCGCAUUCUCCAAGGAGAACAUGAGCAAAACCAAAGACAACCUGGGCACCAAGUUCCACCACCUUGGUGAGAAGGUGAUGCCGCCCGAGCGGAGGGAGAAGAUGCACCAGGCCGGUGAGCGGCUGAAGCAGUCCGGCGAACGGCUGAAGGAGAACAUCGCCAAGAAGGCUCCGAACAAAGAGACCUUCCGCAUCAAGCUGAAGAAGGAGAGAGCCGUCGGCGAAGGCCAGGAGGGCGCUGAGGCCGACCCCGAGCUCCACACCCACGGUCAGGCCGAGGAGUCACCGGUGCCGUCCCCGGGGGUCACCUACACCGAGGUCGGCCUGGAAACCAAGAGGGAGGGGCCCGUGGAGGAGUCCAGUGCCACCCGGAUAGGAUAG